CACCUUCACUCCAUGAUGACCAAUGACUUCAUGACGUGGCCCACUUAGGGACCAAUCAAAAAAACGCGUCGCGUCCCCUUUAAGAGCAGCUGCAUUGCCUGGAGAAUAGAUGCUGCGCGCGCGUCAUGUAUCAUCAGUCUUUCUGUGCUGCUGUUCGCUUAUGGAUCAUACAGCAAUGCGAUGCUCCGCACUCCUCCGCAAACCGCCGUCGACGCACCGGGAAUAACAGCAGCGGAUUCGGACGCAGUGUCGCAUUUACCGGAGUGGUUUACCAGGGCAUUGGCAUGGCCCAGUAAUGAAUGGCGCCGGGGCUCCCAGCAGCCCUGAACACUCGUCCUGCACGCUGCCCGACUGGAAGGAGUUCUGCGAGCUUCACGCCCGAGCCUCCGCAGCCGACUUUGCAUACAAGUUUCGCCGAUUCAUCACUGAGAACCCAUGCUACGACUCCCCGGGCGCUGAUGUCAGCUUUUCACAACAUUUUGCACAACACUUUUUAACCUGCUUCUCUGCCGCUCUUGACCAGCUUCAAGAUCCCGGCUCUCCAGGGCACACGUCGGCCCCUAAAUACAGCAUCGUGCCCUUUGUGGGCAUUCAGAGCUGCACCCUUCCCUUCAGCCACGAUCUGUACCACCGCCGGAAAGACGUCGGGGCGUCCAGCGAAUCUCUGGACAGCAUGGACAGCGGAGCUGGCGGACAGGAGCAGCAGACACCAACCCGAAAGAUGGCCACCGUCAGCCAGUCAAGAAGCUCUGAGGACGUCUCAUUGGGCCGCAGAAAGACACGCUUCAAGAAGGGAUUUUCCCUUCGAAACAUGAGUCUGAGUGUAGUGGAUGGAGUGAAGGAGAUCUGGCACCGCAGGGCGUCUCCAGAACCCGACCCUUCGGGGAGCUCCAGGAGGACCAACGGAGCUGAAUCUAUGGGGUCCGAACACUGGAGCCAGAAGCUGCGGCUGCCCCGGGGCACGCAGGGACACAAAACGGAGCUGCUGGAGAUCCAGAGGGAGGGCGCGCUCAGGUAUAUGGUGGCCGAUGACACUAACUGUAUGGGGGCAGCACAGUGGCAAAAGUGCAGGCUUCUGUUGAGGAAGACCACGGCGUACGUGGAGCCGGGAGAGAAGUUUCAGCUUGAGUUCUACGUGCCUCCAAAGUCAUCAAAACCCAAAGUAAGCGUCCCUCUGUCUGCCAUCGUGGAGGUGAGAACCACUAUGCCCCUUGAGAUGCCCGACAAAGACAACACAUUUGUGCUCAAGGUAGAAAAUGGUGCUGAAUACAUUCUGGAGACCAUCGACUCUCUGCAGAAGAACUCCUGGGUUGCGGAUAUCCAGGACUGCAUAGACCCCGGGGACAGUGGAGACGACAUCGAGCUGGCCUCCUGUGCUCACAGUCAGCCGCCCAAAGACUUCUCGCUGGUGUCCUCCUGUAGCUGCGAGCUGCUGUGCGACGGCUCACACCGAGGCUCUGCUGCCGGUGAUCAGUCAUCCGCUGCCCGCUGCCAGGAGCCGCCAGUGACCCAGCAUCCCUCACACGUCCCGCUGGAGCGGUUCCUGCAGUCCCCAGAGGCCCAGAACACGAACACAGCAUCAGGAAGUCCAGGUGAAACGCCAAGGGAAGGGGAAGGAGAUGCUAGUCUGUCAGGUUACCCAUGGUUCCAUGGGACGCUGUCGCGGGUACGAGCAGCCCAACUGGUUCUGGCCGGGGGUGCUCGUAGUCACGGCCUCUUUGUGAUCCGCCAGAGUGAGACCCGUCCUGGAGAAUACGUCCUUACCUUCAACUUCCAGGGCAAAGCAAAGCACCUACGGCUGUCUGUGAACGACAGUGGACAGUGUCACGUUCAUCACCUGUGGUUCCAGACGGUCGCCGAUAUGUUACGGCAUUUCCAUACGCACCCGAUCCCGCUGGAGUCUGGCGGAUCCACGGACAUCACUCUACGAUCAUACGUUCAAGUCCAGCGCUCGCCAACAGAUGCGGUGGCUCCUCAUGUCCCAGUGGCCCCGCGGGACCCUUCAGCAUGUCGCUCGGAGUCAACCCAUCCGCCAUCUGGAGCUGCAGAAACGCCGCUGUCCUCCAGCUCGUCCUCAUCCCCGAUGGCUCAGCCCAGCACAGGCCUCCACAGCCGCAGCAACAGCGCAGAGAGACUCCUCGAACCCGCAGCCGCCGCCACUGCAGACGACUACCACGACACGGACGGCACACGGCGGACUAGAGCUGUGGAGAACCAGUACUCCUUCUACUGAUGCUCAUACUGAUCCGUCCACACCUGCUGCUGCUGCUGCUCUGAUUGGCUACUGGAUUUACAUGCAGUAACACUCCUACAUUAGACCAGCGGUUCUCAAUUUCAGUCCUCAUCAUCCCUCGUCCUGCACAUUUUGUAUGGCUGCAUCUGAAAUCAUUUACUACUCGAGUAGGUACUACAUUUACUACACGACGCUUGGAAAAGUGUUCUCUAUAUAGUGUGAAUGUGAGCAUGAAUGGAAUUGGGAUGUACUACAUCCACUAUUAGUCAUUAUCACAUGAUCGAUCAGUUGCGUCGCUUCACUCCCAUUCAUGAAUUCUCUGGCAUUGCAUCAUGGGAUAGUGUAGCAUCCAUCAGAUGUGCACUUCAGAAUCAAGCUGGAAGUAGUAGGUACUUCUCACCUACUGUUUUUUGAAUUAUGUUACUGCGUCAGUGUAUUUACAGUAAAUAUUUCAGUGUGAACGCACUACUUACACUAUUUAUACUACAAAAUGGCGUAGAAUAGUGCAUAAAUAUGCGAUUUGGGAUGCACCUUAUAAAUUCGAACUUAGUACUCGGCUCACAUAUUGUUUUUAGCUUACUAUAUAGUGGUGUUGUCGAGAUAUUGAAUUUCGGUACGAAUAAGUACUGAGAUUUUAAAGACAUCCGUUUUCCCGCUAACAUUUGAGCGAUGUUGAGUGGUUCUGAAACCGUGCAGAUUUGCCAUUAUGUUCAUGUGCUCAACAGAAAUGACUGUGAUUGGCCCUGAAGAUCAUCAGUUCACCAAACUCACCGCUGUUUACUGAGUGCAAAGAUCAGUCGAUUCACCAGCGGAUCGCUUGUAUGUCAGCUUAUAAACAGCUUUAUAACCGUUUCAGUGUCUGUAUCUGUGGUUAUACUCAGCAAACAGCGGUGAAGAGUGGUGAACUGAUGACCUUCACGGCCAAUCACAGUCCAUGGCAAAUAAGCCGUGUUUACAAACGUGCUCAACAGCGCUUAAAUGUUAACAGGAAAUGGAGGUUUUUAAAAUCUCAGUACUGAUUGGUACCGAAAUUCAUUAUCGCGACAACACUACUAUAUAGUGGGGAAGUAUGCAAUUUCAGAUGCAGCCUAAAGCUGCGGUCACACUGGGCUUUUCCUCCCAUAGACUUUCAUUCAUACGCACACGAAUGCGUCAGACCGGAAACGUAAGCUCAUGCGUCAAGUUUCGCAGGUUGCUGCAGUGCAAAGUUCAAGCUUGCUGAACUCUGACCUGCAAAAUCGCUUUACUUGACUGCGUGAGACCAAUCAAGGAUUAAAACAUGACCUCUCUGGUCAAAAAUUUCAAACAUUUAGCAAUCGCUCGCGUUUUUAAAUGUCUAAUAAGCUUGCCUAAUCCCGCCCCUUUUCCCAGCUCCGCACGACAGAAUUUCGCACACACAAACUCUAGUGUGACCGCAACUUAUCUCUUCCUUACUUAACACACCUGAUUCAGAUCAUCAACUCGUUAACUGAGAGAUCCAUGAACUGAUCCUUGUGAGUCAGAUAAGAGACACAUACAAAAUGUGCAGGGCGAGGGAGCCCGAGGACAGGAAUCGGGAUCCACUGCGUUAAAGGGGCAGUUCACACAAGAACGAAAAUGUACACUGCAAACAAAAAUGCUAGUGUUUGUCUUGUUUCUAGUCCAAGUAUCAUAUUAGAAGCAUUUUCUAGACGAGCAAAACAUAUAGAAUUCUUGUGUUUAAGAAAUAAUUUGCCAAAAUUUAGUGUUCAAA